AUGCUGCUGCUGCUGCUGUGUGCACUGCUGUUCUGCUGGGGGAUGCUGCCCCAAGCCCGAGGGAUGACCCAUGGCCCUCUCUUCCUGCGGAUCAACAAGACCCAGCUGGAAACAGACAUCUCAGAUCUACUAUUAGAGUACCAGGUCCUGAAGGGUGUGAUCAGGAUGGCUGUGACUGGAUCCCCAAGUGAGGGUGUGUCUGUCCUGGACCGCCUGCCCUUUGUCAGAAAGGAGCUUGUCAAGAAGAAGAGUGGGCUGGACCUGUCACUCGUGGGGGACCUGCUGUCUGGGAAGACUAUCCCUGAGCUCAAGAAGUUGCUGGAGACAGCCGGGUUGGUCAUAGAAGAUGCCAAGGGACCAGAAGUCACCCUGGAAAUUCUAAGUGACAGCCUGCUGCAGAUCACACUGCGCUGCAAACUGUACCUCUCACUCCUGGAGAGCCUAUGGCUGGAAGCCAUCAAGAAUAUACGCAUUGGAGUACGGCUAGAACAGAUAGGGAACAAGACCCGAGUGGCCUUCGAGGAGUGCCACACGCCACCCGGAAGCCUGAACAUUGAGAUCUUGAAACGAUCAGACACCUUGUUGCCAAACCAACUGCUGGAACUGGUGGCAGACACCCUGGAUGGAUCCCUGCCCUUUUUCCUGCAGAAGAUAGUGUGCCCUGUGACCACAAACCUGAUCAACUUCCUGCUGGAAGACAUGCUACACAUCAUUCUUCCUCCUGCCAUCUCUGAUCCCAAUGAUUUCCAGUACUAUUUGACCACCACAGAGUUCACAGAGGGAGCCAUCCUGAUGAGAGUGGAGCUUGUGACUCCCUGUGGCCCACACCAGAGGCCCCCCAGGUCAGAGCACGUGGUUCCCCCACCUCUCCCAGGAUUAUCCCAGAACAGCAUGGCAGACUUUGCCUUUUGGCUAGAAAUCUACAAUGACAUCCUGGCCUGCCUCUACACCAGCCAGGAGAUCUUCGUGGAGCCCCAGGAUUCCUCGGAAGUUGGCCUGUGGCAACUGCUGUCCCUGAGAAGCUCGCAGUCCCAGCCAGGGGCUUAUAAUCUGACCAGAGGGAGCCUGGGCCUGCUCAUCAGCGCCCCACGACCCCCUACCGUUCACCUCGAUGGCUGCAAGACCACCGUCACCCAGCAGGGCUUACUGACGCUGCAGGGGACCAACAAUGCCUCCUCUGGGGCAGUUGCCUGGCAACUCCUCUGCAAAGGCGUGUUCUCCUCAGGGAGUCAGAAACAGCAACUCCAGGUCACACCAUACGGAGCUGUGGUCACCUUGGGCCCCUACCCUGCCAUCAUGGAGAAGCAGGGAGAGUACCUGAAGGCCUUGCUCUUGGCUGUCCUGAAGAGGCGGUUCCUGCCUCACCACAACAAGUGGCUCCGUGAGCACAGCCUCCCACUGCCCAACAUCAAAGGCAUCUCCUUCAGCCAUGCCCAAAUGGACUUCUCUGAGGAUUACAUCCUGCUGACCGUCCCCGAGUAACCAUUCUGCUGGGGCGCUGUCCCUGCCCACAGCUGCACACGCU